UUCUUCGGCCUUGAAACUACCCGCAAGGUUGAAAUAUUUCGCGAUGGAUACUUCUGUCAACUCUGACUAUGGUGGAAUACCAAGUGAGAAUACGAUUGAAAUACCACUCAGAGGAGGAGAUGAAGUUAUCGAGCUGGAUACAGAUCAGUUGCCUGAUGGUGAAGAAGUGUUAAACAUACUGAAUCAAGAAAAAGCGCCUCUACAAAUUUGGAUUAAUGUUGCUGUUGCCUAUUACCGGAAGAAAUUAUACAGUGACUUUGAAAAAGUUCUUGAAGAAGCCUAUCGAAAUGCAUCUGAACUUCAGCCAUAUAAUGAUAGUGACUUAGUUCGGUUAUUGGAUAUGCUGGCGAAUUAUUAUGGUCGAAAAGCUUACAAAGAGAAGAGUAAAGAAAAAAAGAAUCAGUUAAUCGCUCAAGCAACUAGACUAUUCACUUCAGCAGACAGAAUUGAUAUGUACGAUCAAAAGCAUUUACUUGGACGAGCAUUUUUCUUCAUAUACGAAGGCGAGAAUUGGAGUCAAGCAGAUAGUCAAUUGAAUUUUGUACUGAAUCAAGGUUCACCAAGUGUACCAGCUUAUUUAGGCAAAGCGUGUAUUGCUUUUAAUAAGAAAGAAUAUAGAAAUGCUUUGGGAUUUUAUCGUAAAGCUUUACGUCUACAACCAAAUUGUCCAGCUUCUGUACGACUUGGAAUGGGUCAUUGUUUCUUUAAGCUAGGGAAUAUGGAGAAGGCACGGCUAGCAUUUCAACGAGCAUUAGACUUGGAUCCAGAAUGUGUUGGUGCUUUAGUUGGACUUGCUGUAUUAGAUCUUAAUGAAAAAACUCAAGAGUCAAUAAAACAAGGUGUACAAAAAUUAUCCCAAGCGUAUAAUCUUGAUCCAACUAAUCCCAUGGUAUUGAAUCAUUUAGCAGAUCAUUUUUUUUAUAAAAAAGAAUAUACAAAAGUGCAUAGAUUAGCAUUGCAUGCAUUUUAUAAUACAGAAAAUGAAUCGAUGCGUAGUGAAAGUUGUUAUCAAAUGGCAAGAGCAUUUCAUAUGCAAAAAAAUUAUGAUAAUGCAUUUCAAUAUUACUAUUUAGCUACACAACUUGCAUCACCAACAUUUAUUUUACCAUUUUAUGGUCUUGGACAAAUGUAUUUACAUAGAAAUGAUUUAGAACAUGCUGCUAUGUCAUUUGAACGUGUAUUAAAAGAUAAUCCUAAUAAUUAUGAAACAUUAAAAAUACUUGGCAGUUUGUAUGCUCAAUCAAAUAAACCUGACAAGCGAACACAAUCCAAACAAUUAUUUAAACAAGUAACUGAAAGUCAACCGGAAGAUGUAGAAGCAUGGAUUGAAUAUGCUCAACUCUUGGAAAAUAAUAUACCUGAAGCAUUAGAAGCUUAUUCAAAAGCAUUGUCUAUUUUAGAAAAUAUUCAAUUAGAUAUUGCUCCAGAAAUAUUAAAUAAUAUUGCUACUCUUUAUUAUAUGAAAGGGGAAUAUGAUAAAUCUUCUGAAUUCUUUCAACGUGCCUAUGAUCGUAUACUUGAAGAACAAAGAAGUGAAGAGAAUGAAAUUGGUGAUGUCAGUGGAACAUCGAAUGAGGAAUAUUAUCAUGGAUUGGGUAUAACUGUGCGUUAUAAUCAAGCAAGACUACAUGAAGCACAAGGUCGUUGUGAUUUAGCUGAAGAAAUCUACAAAAGUAUUCUACUUCGACAUCCAAGCUAUAUUGAAUGUUAUAUGCGCCUUGGUUGUAUUGCUCGUGAUCGAGGACAGAUCCGUGAUGCUUCAAUUUGGUUCAAAGAGGCUUUAGAUGUAGACCCGGAUAAUCCAGAUGCUUGGAGUCUGAUCGGCUUAUUACAUUUAAAUAAAAAUGAAAUAGAACAAGCUCAAAAGAAAUUUGAUCGAAUAAUUAGACAGCCAGCUUAUCGAGCCGAUGCCUUCUCACGUAUAUGCUUGGGGAAUAUUUGGCUGACAACAUUGCAUCAUCCUAUUAAAGAUAAAGAUAAGCGUAAAAGGCAUCAGGAUCGUGCCCUAUCCUUCUACAAGGCUGUUUUAUGCGCUGAUCCUCGAAAUAUCUGGGCUGCUCAUGGUAUUGGUUGUGUUCUUGCCCACAAAGGCUUUGUCAAUGAAGCACGUGAUGUAUUUGCACAAGUUCGUGAGGCUACAGCUGAUUUCCCUGAUGUAUGGAUUAAUAUAGCGCAUAUAUAUGUGGAGCAGAAACAGUAUACAGCUGCUAUACAAAUGUAUGAAAAUUGUAUUAAGAAAUUCAAUCGACAGAAUAAUACUGAACUGUUACAAUAUCUGGCUAGAGCAUAUUUUAAAUCUGGUCAACUGAAAGAAUGUAAAACUAUGCUAUUAAGGGCUCGUUUUGUUAAACCAUGGGAUCCUUUGCUCACAUUCAAUUUAGCCUUUGUUCAGAAAAGAUUAGCAGUUUCAGUAUUACAAGAUGAAACGAGUAGUUUCUCAUCAGUCUGUGAAGCGAUAGCUGACUUAAAUAUGGCUAGAUGUACAUUUAAUCACUUAUCAAAAUUGACUGAAGUUUUAAAUCAAGCUAUGGCCACUGAAGAAGCACGUAUUUGUCAAGAUCUAUUAAGUCAAGCUAAAUAUCAUCUUGACAGAGCUAAAUCACGUGAAGAACAAGAACGUGUGGUUCGUAAACGUCAGGAAGAGGAACGUGAAGCACAACGUAAACGUCAAAUGGAAUUACAACAACAAGCUGAACAAAUGAGAAUUGAUCGUGAACGUCGAUUAGAAGAAGAACGUGGACGUUUCUUAGAAAAAGCUAAACAAAUAAUUAUUGAACCAGUCUCUGAGGAAAAGAAAUCACGUCGUUCUGGUGGUGGCAGUCGAAAACGUGAUGAUUUCAUUGCUUCUGGAGAUGAAGAUAGUAGUAGUGAUAGUUCCGAUGGACAUCCUGAUAAUAAUAAUAAUGAUGGUAAUGACAAUUCAGAGAAUGUUGAAGGUAGUCAAGUCAAACAGAAAAAAGCUCAUAAACGUCAUAGUCUCGAGUCAAAAGGUGGUGGUGGAUCAUCGCGUAAACGAUCACGACUGCUGAAUUCCCGUGAUGGUGGAUUAUCCGCUAAACAGAGAAUGAAAGUUGUCAGUAAGGCUAUUAUAUCAGAUUCCAGUGAUACUUCGAGUAGUGAUGAUGAUGAUGAAGAAGCACAUCAAGCGCGUGCUGCUGCUUUAGCUCGUAAAAUCCUGUCAUCUGAUGAAGGCGAAUCAGACAGUAAUGAUAAUAAUAAUAAUGCUGCUGAUGAUGAUGAUAAUGAAAAUCAGUCACCUAUCAGUGGACAAGAAUCUAUCGAUUCUUCACCUUCUGACUUAUCUGACAGUCCAAGACGUCAUAAGGAACAUCGAACAAAGCCUAGACGUGUUUAAAAUUACUCCAGACAUACACGCACACACAUACACGCUUAUUUAUUUAUGUACAUACAUACAUAUAUAUAUAUAUAUCAACUAAACUACGAGUUUAAUUACUGUGUUUCUUUACUGGUUGCUAAAUAUUAAAAUACAUUUUGAGUUGUGUUUUUCUUUUUUAUAAAUUUAAAUGUUAGUUUUCAUUAUUGAACA